AUGUUAUGAAAGUACAUUGGAUGGAAACACACACGCCUUUUGUCAACCUUUAAAGACCAAAAGAAACAAGGAAGCAUGCUGACGGCACAUAGAACAGGCUUCGCCGCCGCCCGGCUCCUGGUUCGAGCGCCCAUCUGCACCUGUGGCAUCCACACCUCGGCCUCACGCCGGGAUAAGGUGGAGCUUCACCCUCAGUGGGCCAUCCUGGCCAAGAAGCAGCUGAAGGGGAAGAACCCUGAGGACCUGAUAUGGCACACGCCUGAGGGCAUCGACAUCAAACCUGUGUACACCAAGGCCGACUCGGCUGCUAGCCCAGACGAGAUACCGGGAGUGUUCCCCUACACCAGAGGGCCUUAUCCCACCAUGUACACCAGCAGACCAUGGACCAUCAGGCAGUAUGCUGGUUUCAGUACUGUGGAGGAGAGUAACAAGUUCUACAAGGAUAACAUUAAAGCCGGACAGCAGGGCCUCUCUGUAGCCUUCGAUCUCCCUACGCACCGCGGUUACGACUCCGACAACCCGCGGGUGCACGGCGACGUGGGCAUGGCCGGCGUAGCCAUUGACACGGUGGAGGACAUGAAAAUGUUGUUUGACGGCAUCCCAUUGGAGAAAAUGUCCGUGUCCAUGACCAUGAACGGUGCUGUCAUCCCCGUGCUGGCCAUGUUUAUAGUGACGGGUGAAGAGCAGGGUGUCCCCAAAGCCAAGCUCACCGGAACCAUCCAGAACGACAUUUUAAAGGAGUUCAUGGUGCGGAAUACGUACAUUUUCCCACCGGAACCUUCCAUGCAUGCCAUCGCCGACAUCUUUGCGUACACCUCACAGCACAUGCCCAAAUUCAACUCCAUCUCCAUCAGCGGCUACCAUCUUCAGGAGGCGGGGGCUGACGCCAUCUUGGAAGUGGCCUACACCAUCGCCAACGGGCUGGAGUACUGUCGCACUGGCCUCAAAGCCGGAUUGACCAUCGACGAGUUUGCGCCAAGAUUGUCGUUUUUCUGGGGUAUCGGCAUGAACUUCUACAUGGAGAUCGCCAAGCUGCGGGCAGCCAGAAAGUUGUGGUCCACACUACUACAGGAAAUGUUCCAGCCGCAAAACACCAAGUCACUCCUCUUGCGCACUCACUGCCAAACGUCCGGUUGGUCUCUCACAGAGCAAGACCCGUACAACAAUGUCAUCCGAACGGUGAUUGAAGCUAUGGCGGCCGUAUUCGGAGGCACACAGUCGCUUCACACCAACUCGUUUGAUGAAGCCUUGGGUCUGCCCACUGUCAAGAGCGCACGCAUCGCUCGCAACACGCAGAUCAUCAUCCAGGAGGAGUCGGGCAUCCCCAAGGUGGCCGAUCCGUGGGGGGGCUCACACAUGAUGGAGUCCCUCACCGACGAUCUUUACAACACGGCCUUGAAGUUCAUCCGAGAGAUCGAGGAGAUGGGUGGCAUGGCCCGGGCGGUGGCCGAGGGCAUCCCGAAGCUGCGUAUCGAGGAAUGCGCGGCGCGCAGACAGGCCCGCAUCGACUCGCGUUCUGAGGUAAUUGUCGGGGUGAACAAGUACCGCUUGGAGAAGGAGGAGACAGUGGAGGUGCUGGCUAUUGACAACACCGUAGUCCGACAGAAACAGAUUGACAAGUUGAAGAAGGUACGCGAGAGUCGUGACGCAGACGCUGCACUCAAGUGCCUCGCUGCUAUUGAGGAGUGUGCGCGCACCAAAGAGGGAAACCUGCUGUCUUUGGCUGUGGAGGCGGCGCGUGCCAGAUGUUCUGUAGGUGAAAUUACGGACGCUAUGAAGAAAGUGUUUGGCGAGCACAAGGCCAGCAGCCGCAUGGUGAGCGGUGCGUACCGCAGCGAGUACGGCGAGCAUCAAGAGAUCGCCUUGGCCCUCAGCAGAGUGGCUGAAUUUAAGAGCCAGGAAGGUCGGAACCCUCGCCUCCUGGUGGCCAAAAUGGGUCAAGACGGCCACGACCGAGGAGCCAAAGUGAUCGCCACUGGGUUCGCCGACCUGGGCUUUGACGUGGACAUUGGGCCGCUAUUUCAGACACCCAUGGAGGUGGCACAGCAGGCGGUGGACGCCGACGUGCACUGCGUGGGGGUCAGCACGUUGGCUGCUGGACACAAAACGUUGGUGCCCGAACUGGUCAAGGAGCUCCGCAAGAUGGGGCGACCUGACAUUCUGGUGAUCUGCGGGGGCGUUAUCCCGCCUCAGGACUAUGAGUUCCUUUACAAGAGUGGCGUGAGCGCCAUCUUCGGGCCGGGCACCAGGAUCCCACAGGCCGCUGUGGAUGUGGUGGACAACAUCCACAAGAGCCUGGAGAACAUCAGACAGGCAAUGUGA